AAACUAUGUGAAACACUUAUUUCUUCCUUUCCAAGAACGUCGCCCUUUUGAAAUUACCAGUCACUGACAAACGGAGCUGGAUUCUUUUGGUUCUUUUGUUUUCUUUCUGAUAUGAUUUCUUUCACUUUCUUCCAUGCAGGAUCGGAAAACGACAGCGACAACGCAUUUCUGAGCUACAGUUUUGAAGCCAUGGAGUGGAACCCACUUUGUUCCUUGGCUUUGGAACAACUAAUGUUCGGCUUCUUAAAUUCUUGACCCAUAAUGAUGAUGAACUGAUCGAUCGGGCUGCGCUGCGGAAAUGGGAGAGGAGGGAAGAUCCUUGGCCGUGACUCCGACAUGGUCGUUUGCAACAGUGGUAACUAUCAUGGUUUCGCUUGGAUUCUUCUUCCAAGGCACGUUGAGACGGAUUAAAAAGUGGUUGGAUAGGACGAAGAGGAAAUCGUUGCUUGCUGCGUUGGAGAAGAUUAAAGAAGAAUUGAUGCUCUUUGGACUUCUGUCGUUGUUGAUGGGUCAUUGGAUUGUUUUUGUGGCAAGAAUUUGUGUUAAGUCAUCUGUGUUGAGCAGCCGUUUCUAUCCAUGUGCGUUGGAUAUUGAUCUGAAACGAGUUAGACAUGUUUCUAUUGCAAGUGAAAAUAUGAACAGUUCUAAUGCUGGGAUACGAGAGUAUUGCCCUGAGGGGCGUGAAUCGUUCGCUUCAUAUGAAAGUUUAGAGCAGCUUCAUCGAUUAAUAUUUGUUCUUGGUAUCACUCAUGUUUCGUAUAGCUUCAUUGCCAUUGCCCUGGCUAUGAUUAAGAUAUAUGGCUGGAGAGCGUGGGAAAACGAAGCUAAGGCUUUGGCCAUUGGGAAUGCACAAGAAGAAUCUGUACAAGCUUCGUCGACCAGGCCAAAAAUAGGGCGACUGUCAACUUUUGUCUUUCACCAUACUUCUCACCCAUGGAGUCGGAAUAGAGUUCUCGUUUGGCUGCUCUGUUUCAGCCGCCAGUUUUGGAGCUCUAUCAAUCGAGCUGAUUACAUGGCUUUGCGGUUGGGCUUCAUCAGUACUCAUCAGCUCCCUAUAUCAUAUGACUUCCAUAAUUAUAUGCUUCGAAGCAUGGAGGAUGAAUUUCGUGAUAUGGUUGGUAUAAGUGUUCCACUCUGGAUAUAUGCCAUUGCUUGCAUCUUCCUCAACUUCCAUGGAAGCAAUAUUUACUUUUGGGUUUCCUUCCUCCCUGCAAUUUUGAUUCUGCUAAUCGGGACGAAACUGCACCGGGUAGUCGUAAAGUUGGCUGUAGAAGUUGUGGAUACGUCUGCUCGGGGAUGUUAUCGUUUUAACUUAAGGGAUGAGCUGUUUUGGUUUGGGAAGCCUAAGCUUCUUUUGUGGUUGAUACAAUUUAUAUCCUUCCAGAAUGCUUUUGAGAUGGCUACAUUUAUUUGGUCCCUGUGGGAAAUUAGGGAGCCCUCUUGUUUCAUGGAGAACCAAACAUACGUUGGUAUCCGCUUGGCCUUUGGGGUCAUCACUCAGUUUUGCAGUAGCUUCAUUACAUUCCCACUCUAUGUUAUAGUAACUCAGAUGGGGUCGAGGUUCAAGAAAUCACUUGUGUCGGAGAACGUCCGAAACUCGCUUCAACAAUGGAAAAAAAGAGUGAAGACAAGGUCGGGUUCUACUUCCUUGGUUGCAGUUGUGGGUGCAACAUCGCAUUCAUCCUCUGUUUGUACAAUGGACGACGAUGACGACGACGACGAUGAUGACGACGAUGAUGGUGAGGUGAAUGACGACUUUAUCGCAAACUGCUCGGAAGGAAGCACGUCAAACGCUGCCCAAUCCACACGUUCCUCUCAGGUCCUUCAGUAUGCUUCGUCGGAUGACACGGACAUACGAAUAUCUGUUCGUUCUAGUCCUCCGAACGUUACAUCCAACAACAACAGAGAUGAAGAGAAUGAGGAUCAUCGAGGGCAGUGAUCUAUAGCACAACUAUUUGAGUCUCUUUCCACUUUAUUUGGCCUACUUUUGAGCUUAUGUUUAUUGAAUUAUAUUCAAUUAAAAUGCAUUAUGAAUUUUAGAUGUCACUGACAAACGUUUAUACAAUUAUGCU